AUGGCACCGAAGAAAGAGAAAAGUGACUGUAGAAAUAGAAAACGUUUUAGUGUAGCAUUGAAGAAAGAAAUUAUUGCAAAAUACGAGAAUGGCAUUUGUGUUUCUGACAUCGCUAAAGAAUAUGAUGUGGCUGCCAAAGUGGCUAAAGGAGUAAAUGUGAUAUCGAAACAAAGAUCUAAAGUUUUGGAUGAAGUUGAAAAACUGUUGCUAAUAUGGAUCAAUGAAAAGCAACUUGCUGGAGACAGUGUUAGUGAAGCUAUAAUUUGUGAAAAGGCUAAAAAUUUAUACAAUGACUUGCUGACUCAGACACCCAGUACAAGUGCAGACAGGCAGGACUUUAAAGCGAGCCAAGGGUGGUUUGAUAGGUUUCGUCGACGAACUGGCAUUCACAGUGUCAUAAGACACAGGGAGGCUUCAAGUUCAGAUGAAAAAGCAGCAAAAGCAUUUGUAGAUGAAUUCGCAGAGUUUGUAAAAAGUGAAGGAUAUAUCUGGAAUCAAGUGUUUAAUUGCGAUGAGACCGGUGUUUUUUGGAAAAGAAUGCCUAGACAAACGUGCAUAACCCAAGAAGAGAAAGCACUUCCCAGGCACAAGUCAAUGAAGGACAGACUUACUCUUUUAUUUUGCGUUAAUGCAAGUGGUGACCUCAAAAUCAAGCCACGUUUAGUCUACAACGCUGAAAAUCCCUGUGCCUUUAAGAGCAAAAAUGUGAUAAAGUCCAAACUGUCUGUACAAUGGAAGGCAAAUAGUAAGGCAUGGGUAACUCGGACUUUAUUCAUGGAUUGGCUCACAGAAGUGUUUGCUUCUGCUGUUAAAAAUUAUCUUCAGGAAAUGGAUGUUCCUCUUAGAUGUCUUCUCUUAAUGGAUAAUACUCUAGCAUAUCCACCAAAUUUGGAGGAUGACUUGAAUAGUGAACAUGACUUCAUCAAGGUCAAAUUCCUUCCACCCAACACAACUCCAUUACUGCAACCAAUGGAUCAGCAAAUAAAAAUAUGCAUGAACUUAUAG